AUGGCCGUCUCUCCGCCCAAGCCAUGGGAGCGUGGGACCACCAACAACACGAACAGUUCCUCACUCCCAAGUCAGACGACUACCGGCUCCUCAUCAUCCAACGGAGCCACCGAGCAGCCGGACGCACCGAGCUUACCCCCCAGGCCAUCCAACUUAUUCGAUUCGAACUCAACCUCACUCCAACCCUCUAGCAGCUCAUUCAACCCGGCCGGUUAUUCCUCGUCGUUUUCUGGUGGCAGCCCCUAUUCAUCCAGAUAUGGAGGAGGCUACGGCGUGUCGUCGGGCUAUGGUGGCUAUGGCGGUUAUUCGAGAAUGGGCGGGCUCGGUUCGUACGGUGGAAUGAGCUCAUACGGGGGAGGGUAUGGUGGCUACGGUGGCGGGAUGGGCUACGGUGGUCUAGGUGGAUACGGUGGGAUGGGCGGGUAUGGCGGAUUGAACAACCAGAUGGGCCAGAUGGGUAUCAAUGGUCCAGUUGAUCCGUCUAUGAUCCAGCCGACUCUCAGCCAAACACUUGCCAAUUCAACUCAGUCCACCUUCCAACUCCUCGAAUCGCUCGUCAUGGCCUUCUCUGGCUUCAGUCAACUCUUGGAAUCAACCUUCAUGAUGACCCAUUCGAGCUUCUUCACCUUCAUCCAACUGAUCGAACAAUUCAACCUCUUCAAAUUCAGCAUCGGCAAGAUCUUGAGCUUGUUCGAUCUGCUCAAAUGGGCCAAAGGUGUCAUCACCGGCACCAACCACUCAUCAGAUCAAAACCCAUGGUCGGAUACUUUCAAAAACUUUGACCCGAGGAACUUGUCUGGCUCUCCCGAAGGUAAUAAAGGAACACAGACGCCCCGGCCAUCCAGAAAACCGAUCGUAAUCUUCUUUCUGACGGUGUUCGGGAUCCCCUAUCUGAUGAACAAGCUCGUCCGAUCAAUUAUCAACAAACAAAAACAACGACAAGCUGCCUUCCCUCCAAACCCAUUAAACCCUUCAAUAUCACCCGAACAGCAAGUCACACUCUCAGUCGAUCCUAGCAAACUGACGUUCGUCAAAGCGAUUCAUCCUUAUCAUCCUAUCACCCGAGAUGAUGAUAUCAACCAGCUCAAUCCGGCCGAGAAGGAGUUGAAGUUUGAGAAAAACGAGGUGAUUGCAGUCCUCCUACCGAUGACGAUCGAAGAAAGACGGUCGAUAGGCUGGUGGAAAGGCCGAACGAGGGACGGUCGGAUUGGCUGGUUCCCGAAGAAUUAUGUCGAAGAAAUCAUCAUCAACCCUUCCUCAACCCCAUCGCCACCUCCCCAACAACAACAACAGACCGCCCAAAAUCACAGCAAACCGAACCGAACUGUUCAAUUUGAUGACCAGAAAUUCCCUCAAAACGGGCCCACUAAGCCAGACCAGGACCUUCUCCAAAAAGAUACUCAGCACACCCCCAAACUUCAAAAAGAAACUGAUGAUCUUGAACCGGAAGAUCGUCCAACGCAACAGCAGAAUCAGCGACAAAGGUUGGGCAUGGCUACGAUGAAAUACUGA